CUCCCGAGAAUGUUUUUUCCAUGAAAAAGCCUUAAUAUUUUUUUUAAUUCUUUCGGUUCCCUCUUUCUCUCUCCCCUCUCUCUCUCUCUCUCUCUCUCUCUCUCUCUCUAAAGGCUCAUCCUCCUGUGAAGGCCUCUCACUCUUCUUUGGUUUUCAGGCCUUUGCGCUUUCUCUCUCUCUCUAAAAAGUUCAUCCUCCUGUAAGGUCUCGCACGUUUGUAUGGUUUUCAGGCCUUUUUUUUUUCAGGGCAUGAGGCUUGAGUCAGAGCCCCUUAAAAACUCACCGAGAGCUCCAUUGCCCUCUGGUUGUGUGCAAAAUCCUCUGAAACCCCACCAAAACCUUGAACUCGAAAACGAGAGAGAAAAGGAAGGGGAAGAGAAGGACUCAAUUCAAGAAGACCCUUUAAGGGAGAGAAAUGAGCAUUUGGUCACUGAAAACCCAAGUUCCAUUAACAUGUCUUCUGGUUCACCUGGACAUAAAAUCGUUGUUGGGUAUGCCUUAACUUCGAAGAAGAUUAAGAGUUUUCUACAGCCCCAUUUCGAAGGCAUAGCCAGGAAGAAAGGGAUUUUAUUUGUUGCUAUCGAUCGAAAUAGAUCUCUAGAGGAGCAAGGGCCUUUUGAUGUGGUUUUGCAUAAGUUGUCCGGAAAGGAUUGGCGCCAGAUUCUUGAGGAUUAUUGGCAAAUGCACCCUGAGGUAACCAUCCUUGAUCCUCCAGAUGCUAUUCAGCAUUUAUACAAUCGCCAGUCCAUGCUCCAGUAUGUUGCCGAUUUAAAUAUGUCUGAUGCUGAAGGUAAAAUUGGUGUGCCCAAGCAGCUAGUUGUUACCAAAGACCCGUCAAGCAUUCCUGCUGCUGUUACUGGAACUGGAUUGAAUCUGCCUUUAGUUGUGAAGCCUCUUGUUGUGGAUGGGACUGCCAAGUCGCACGAGCUAUCUCUCGCUUAUGAUGAGUUAUCCCUUUCACAACUCGAACCGCCCUUGGUGCUCCAAGAAUUUGUUAACCAUGGUGGCGUAUUGUUCAAGGUAUAUAUCGUGGGUCCCACUGUUACUGUGGUUCGGCGGUUUUCAUUACCGGAUGUUGACAAGAGGAACUGUAAAGGGCAUGGGGUCAUCCCAUUUCCUAGGGUUUCGAGUGCCGCAGCUUCAGCUGACAAUGCAGAUCUUGACCCAUGUGUGGCUGAGCUCCCUCCUCAACCUUUGCUAGAGAGGCUUGCCAAAGAACUUCAGCAUAGGCUGGGUUUAAGAUUGUUCAAUAUUGACAUCAUCCGACAACAAGGGAUUCGCGAUCGCUACUAUGUCAUUGACAUCAACUACUUCCCUGGGUAUGGAAAAAUGCCUGGAUAUGAGCAGGUAUUUACGGAUUUCUUGUUGAGCCUGAGGCGUACAACCACCAAGGAUCACACAAGAAGCAAACAUAGUCGAGACAGUGGAAUACAAGACAAAGCUUAUCAGAUCUCAUCAUAAAUGAGUGAAGGGUCUAUCUCUGCCCCGUCUCUCUAAGGCAGGCACAGCAGAAUGCCAAGAAAUGUUAUAUUGAUUUUCUCCGACUAGCUGCUCACUCAAGCAUGUCACAAGCAAAACACUCUUGUGGGGGGAGCUUAGUCUCUCUCUCUCUCUACAAGUGGAUGCCACAGUCUCUCUGCAAAUGGGUUUUUUCAUAUGCGGAUACUCCCUGAUCUUUUUGACUGUAAAUAAGUUCAUGUGCUUUCCUUGAAGCUUCAAAUAAAGCUAGCCUACAAUAACUUAGAGAAUGA